AUGGCUUUCCAAUCCCAACAUGUGGACCACAAUUUCUACAAACUGGAUGAAAAUGAGAUUGAGGUGAGCCUUGAUUUUGAACAAGAGGCCACGACAACAACAGAAAGUGUCAUCUUUGGAGAAGGUUCUCUAAAUGGUUCAGAGAAACCAAAGAACCAGGGCAUCCCACACCGCAAGGAUGAUGUGACCCACGUUGCUAACUUCAACUAUGUUGGUGAUGACAUCAGGCAUGAGAGCCAUGGGAGCAUCCAAGGGUACAGAAACCCACAGUUGAAGGAGCAGGAGACCGUGGCUGCUGCCAGAGUGCCACAUGUCCGGCGCACAAGGCCACGGAUCCAGUUUGGUCUCACACCCAGGCAGCUGAAUGAGUUGGAAGAAGUUUUUGAAAAAACCCAGUACCCCAAUGAGAUCAUAAGGAAGGAUCUUGCAAAGUGCUUGUUCCUGGGAGAAUCCAGAGUGCGGGUCAGUAAAUCUGAAAAGGCUUUUGCAGGGCACUCUGCUUCAGGACAUGGUCCAUGUUCUUGUACCCAUUAG